AGUCAGAGAACAAACUUCUACAGCUAAAAUUGGUAUGGGCGCCCAGACCUCGUCAGUAGAGGGCGUGCACGUGGUGGUGGUGGGCGGGGGUUUUGGGGGCGUGGCCGCAGCCCAGCAGCUGAAGCGCGAAGGCCUGAGCUUCACUUUGAUUGACAUGCGGGACGCCUUCCAUCACAACGUGGGCGCGUUAAGAGCGUCUGUGCAACCAGGCUUCGCCCAGAGGACCUUCAUCCCGUACGCCGAGACGUUCGGAGAGAGUUUUGUUCAAGGCCGAGUGGAGCGAGUGGACCCCCAGCGCCAAGUGGUGGUCCUGCAAGGAGGAAGGGAAGUCACCUAUUCGCACCUCAUCCUGUGCACGGGAACUGACGGACCUUUUCCUGGGAAGUUCAACACCGUGGCGUCGUACGAGAGCGCCAUUCAGGCUUACGAGGACUUUGUCAAGCAGAUCCAGAGCGCUGACUCGGUGCUGGUGGUGGGCGGGGGCUCGACCGGUGUGGAGAUGGCGGCGGAGCUCAAGACCGAAUAUCCACAAAAGAAGGUGGUUCUGGUCCACGCUCGAAGCGUCUUGGCGGACGUGGAGCUCUUGAACAGCGUGCGGCACCAGGCCAAGGACGUGCUUGUGGAAAAAGGGGUGGAGCUACAGCUGGGUCAGAAAGUGUGCGACCUCUCUGGUCUGACCUGCAAUGUGACCCGUAAAAACAUGGAGGUCACCUUGGCGAAGGGAACCACGCUGACCACCGACCUCAUCAUCAACUGCAGCGGACUGAGGGUCAACUCGGCCGCCUACCAGUCCAGCUUCUCUGGAAGUUUGGCCCAAAACGGCGCCCUGAGGGUCAACGAGCACCUGCAAGUGGAAGCUCUCUCCCACGUUUAUGCCGUGGGCGACUGCGCCGAUGUGAAAGAGCCCAAGACGGCGUACAUGGCCGGCCUGCACGCCGCCGUUGCCGUGGGCAACAUCGUCAACAGUCUGAGCGGGAACCCUCUGACCUCGCACCGCGCAGGCAACGUCACCAUGCUGCUGGCCAUGGGCCGCGACGACGGCGUGGGUCAGUUCAACGGCUUCCGGUUACCUCGCUGCCUGGUCGCCGUGGCGAAGAGUCGGGACCUGCUGGUGUGGAAGAGCUGGAAGGACAUGCAGCAGCAGCAACCCUGACACGGGCCGAGGCGACGACCGACUCCUCCGCGAUAUCUGGAUCCGGAGACGCACGAGGCUCGGAGCAGCCUGGCUGGCGGGAGUUCUCUCAGCCAGACAUCACGGAGUUCACAGGCGUCAUCCACAAAGAAGAAGCUGCAUGAGACAGGUUAGUAAAAACUAUGCGAGAGUCGAGUUAGCAAAAAGUGCCAACAAAACAUAAGCAAGGUCACAUGACCACGGAGCCCCCGCUGAGCACGCCCUGCACCGUCCAUGCUCAACGGGAAGUCCCAUGUUGACAUUUUGUAUGUUUAAAAGCUCCAGUUUCAAAUACUUUGCAUAUUCU